UCUCCUGCAUCAUACUUGACUUUCUCCAAGCCUAUUGCUGUAACAACUACAAUGGAGAAGGGGCUGUAAAUGAGUCCAGUCAAGCUAGAGUUUAUAGAAUUCAGAUAAGCUCUACAAUGGGGUCUGUUUCCCCGAGUUCUCUUAUGGAUAUUUUCAACUUAUUGAAGGCUUGUUGCUCUCCGUCAUGCAAUUAUAUCAUGACCUAUGAGGGGACUUUUAGCUCCUUGGCCAGUGAGGUUGGGCAGCUGAAGGACAAAAGUUCCGAUGUCAAGAGAGAUAUCGAGGCAGCAACAAGGGAUGGCCAGACUCCCAGGAGCGAAGUGCUUGGGUGGCUAAGCUCCGUGCAAGACAUGGAAGGUGAAGCCGAGUCGAUAGAGAGAAAAUACAACCAAAAGAUCAAGUGUUUGUGUAGCUUCCCACUCAACGUUUGUUCUGCCUACCGUCUCAGAAACAGAGCUGAAGCAGCACUUGCCACAAUCAGAGAGCUUAAACAAAGUGUAGAGUUCACUAAGCUCGCAGAUAACCUGAAUCUUACCCGCUCCAUCAAGAUGCCAACCACCAAAACUAUCGGCAUGGAUAAGGUCUUCGAGGAGCUUCAACGCCAUGCCAAAGAUGAUAGUUUGAGUGUGAUUGGCAUCCACGGAAUGGGUGGUGUGGGCAAGACAGCACUCUUGAGAAGAUUCAACAAUGAUUUCCCGAGUGAAACAGAGGCAGACGUGGUAAUCUUCCUUGAGCUAUCAAUAGACUAUAAGCUGGAGGAAGUCCAGAAAUCUUUAUUCGAUCGACUGAGUUUGACAUGGCAGGAUGAGGUCACACACAGAGACAGAGCAACCAAAUUAUUUAGAGUCCUGAGUACGUUGAAAUUCAUAUUGUUACUCGAUAAUCUAUGGGAGCCCCUAAAUUAUCAGGUUGUUGGAAUUCCACUUCCCGCGCCUCCAUCAAAGUGCAAGAUCAUAUUCACAACCCGAACAGAAGACACUUGCAGCCACAUGGGCACAGAAAAGAUGAUUAAAAUGGAAUGCUUAGAAGAGGAGGCAGCCUGGAAUCUCUUCAGAAAUAGUGCAAGGAUGGAUGUCAUUGACGCCGACAAGAAUGUACGGAUCGAAGCUAGAGAUUUAGUCAAGGAAUGUAGCGGCUUGCCUGCAGCUCUCAUUGUGCUGGCACAAGCAAUGGCCCCUAAAAAGACUUGGGAAGAGUGGAUGCAUGCCUUGACCAUCAUGAAGGACACACCACACCAACUUCCUGGUAUGACAAAUAAUGUUUUUUCUAUCCUGAAAUUAAGCUAUGAUCGUCUAUCCAGUGACAACAUGCGAGUUUGCGCCUCUUAUGGUGUAUUAUUCAUAAAAGGAUCUUGGAUUGGCAAAUAUAAUAUUAGGAAUUCAUGGAUAGGUGAAGGGAUUAUUGAUAAUGUGCAGAAUGUAAUGGAUGCUGACCACAAGACACAACUACUUCACGAUGCAUCCCAUGACCCGGGCCAUGAUAUUGUGGAACGUGAGUGCGGGAAGAAGGAGAACAAAUGGUUGGUGCGGGAUAGGGAGCGGGUCGAAGAAGCACCGGCAGCUGAGAAAUGGCGAGAUGCAGAGAGAAUUGCACUUGUGUGGAACCAAAUAAGUGACCUUCCAGAAGCACCUCAAUGUCCUAACUUGGUUUUUCUGAAUCUUCAAGUUAACAAAUUUCUCAGGAAGAUUCCUAAUGGCUUCUUCUUGCACAUGCCUCUCCUCAGAAUCCUUGAUUUGCAAAAUACUUCUAUAGAGGAGCUACCGGUAAGCAUUGGUAAUCUGGUGCAACUACACUUUCUUGAACUAUCCAGAACUAGGAUUACUUCUCUACCUAAGGAGAUGGCAGCACUAGUAAAUCUCAAAUACUUGUCGUUGGCAUUCAUGAAAUAUUUGAGAAUCAUUCCUGACCAACUAAUCUCCAGUCUUCGAGAGUUGCAGUGGCUUAUCAUGAUGGACAGCUACAGUGGGUGGAAGGAAGGACAGAGUUGCGAAGGAGGUGUGAGUUUUGAAGAGCUGGAAAGCUUGAAGAGAUUAAAAGUCAUUGGGAUGACAGUCAGCACGCUUGCUGCUCUUCAAAACCUCUGUGACUCUCCAAGACUGGCACCAUUGACACACUGGCUCCAUAUAGAAGGGUGUCCAGAUUUGACGAUGUUCAACAUCCCAUCCAUGGAUUUUCACGCGGAAACUAUGUCCAGUCUAGGUCAAAUCCAGCUUCACGCAAUGAGUGAGCUAGAAGAGGUAGUAAUUGGCAAUCGUCAGCCUAUUCUUCUACCUCUACAAGAUCUUCAACUUUCGAGUCUCCCAAAAGCAAAGCUUGUUUGGAGGGCUAUGUUCCCUAAUACUCUUCGUGAACUAAAAAUUGAGGGUUGCGGGGCAAUAGAUAGAUUGAUCAAAUUGGAGGGAGAGGCAAAUGGUAGUGGGGAGACAGUUAUAACAAUCUUUCCUGAUCUCCACACAAUGGUGCUACGGCGGCUUCCAGAAUUGAAGAGUUUGAGUGAUGGGGAACGAAUAUUAAUUUUUCCAUCGUUGAAGACUAUCAAGGUGGAAGAUUGCCCCAAACUGACGAAGCUGAUGUUGGUUGCUGAUGGGCUGAAAGAGAUCGAGUGUGAGAGAUCAUGGUGGGAGCAGCUCAAUUGGGGCGACGAACGAACCAAGUCCUUCCAACACCUCUACAAACCCAUGUAUAUAGAUUGAUGGCUAAUUCAUCAUGGGUAUGUGAAGAAUGUAGGCAUUUUAUGCAAAUAUUGUGAAAGUCUACGAUAUAUGAGUGUCCUGUAUUUGAGAGAUUGAUUAUGUAAUAAGGGGUGUUUGGUUGAUAGGUUUGAGAAUGAGUAAAUGAAAUGAUAGUA